UGGAUGAAAUUUAAAGUACCGUCUAAAACGAAUAAAUCUGCAAUAUCAGAAUGUAUGAACAUUACUAUGAAAAAUCGAAGAAAAUGGAUUUUAGAAAAUCUUCCUACAACAGACGAAAUAUUUGAUCAAUUUCCUCGAUUAGUUGAUUAUUUUGGUCAAAUGAUUGAUGAGGAGUUUGACAGAUUGUACAGCGGAGCUUCUGAUAAAUUUUUAACAAAAUUUUCUACAUAUUAUGUUCCUAGAAUUCUUACAUACUGCAACACAGUGAGACAAGAUUUAUAUAGAGUUUCAAAUUUUAUUGAAGAAGAUAUAGUUCAAUUCUCUUACUUCAGUUUUUUUUAAUAUUUUACAUUAUUUACAUGUAUAUUAAAAUACUAAUCGCAAUUAUUUUAUUUUAUUUUAUAGAAAAUCUUCGUGCCAUAUUACUUUUAGCGCAUUUACUCCCUGUGUCAAAUUCAUUGAGGAAGGGAAAAGGAAAAAAGAAGGGUGUAACUUCAAAGAAAAGUUCUAAUAAAGAAAAUAUGAGGAAAGAGGAUUACGACGAUGUAUAUUCUACUACAUUACCUAAUUCUUCUUUAAUACAAAUUUGGCUCGAAGGAUGUAGCAUGGAGAACAAAAUAAAGGAAAUGAAAAAGGUGGCACAAGGUCCAAUUCAACCUUAUAUUAUAUUAAUCAAUGGAAAAAGCAGGGCUGGAUUUAUAGCGGCUUAAUGGGCUAUAGUCCAGGGCGGCAAAAUAUAGGGGCGGCAAAAUAUGGAGACACGACGCGCCGCAGCAUGUCAUGCCGCGGCGCAUCGUGCCACAGGGCCGCGUUUCAGAGGCGGCAUACGGCUGAGGUUCAAUCGUACGCCGCGGUGUGUCGUGCCCAUCGAAACCCUAUCUCGCAAGAGAAGUUAGACCUCGAUUAUUACAUAUAUGAGAUCGAGCCCGUCGGCCGGCAAUCGGCAACGAUACUUACGAUACGUGAGAAUUAGCGUGCGACAAUAUUAUAUCCAUUUGUGUUUCAUAUUUUAGUUUUUAUCUUUUGUAUUUUAAAAUCAAAUAAAUUUCUUGAUUAGUAUAUAUAAA